CCAACUCAAUUCAAUUUGUUUCAAUCCUAAUACUAACACAAAGUAUGAGUUCGAGUAACCCUAAUCAAAUCUACAAUUUGUGCUUCUUUUCAAACAUAAUAGUAUAAUACCGAACCGAGAUAAUUCAAAGAAACUAAAAUAAAAUAAAAUAUUCAAUUACGUUGAGUGAGAGCGCCUCAGGGAACUAGAAACGACGUCGUUGGAUUCACUGAAGAUAUAUUUUCACGAAGCGGAGGCUCGAAGAGGAUCACUAUUCGUAUUUCUAGGGUUUUUCUAACUCUGUUGAAUUUUCUUCAAAUCAUCAAACAUGCAACUGACGCUGGAAUUCGGGAAAAAAAUCCAUGCUUUGUGAAGUAUAAGCAUCCUGCCAUAUGAAAUAUUGAAAUUCGAACAAGCAUAAGUGUUAUCAAGCAUGCGCUUUAUAUCUGCAGUGAAUUCAGAGCUUCUUUGUGAGUCUAUAAAGGUCCAUAAUGUCAACGUUGAUCCACCAAAGGAAGAAGAGAAGUUAACUAUGAAAUAUUUGCUUUCUUGGGUUCGCACCAAUCUGAUAAAGGAGAGGCCUGAAAUGUUCAUGAAAGCGGAUACUGUGAGACCUGGUGUUCUAGUACUUGUCAAUGAUUGUGAUUGGGAGCUGAGCGGCCAGCUCGACAUGACAUUAGAAGACAAGGAUGUGGUUGUUUUUAUUUCAACUUUACAUGGUGGAUAGUGUCAAAAUGUUUGAUGAUAGGCACUUCACUUGUUAUUAGAAGAUUCUUGAAGUUUGCAUUGUAGCCUUGUUUGGGCAUUGAAGAUGAAUUAUUGAAACAUAUAGAGUGAAAUGAAGGAUUUUGCUAUCUUAUUAUCCCUCUAA